GCCAACAAGGCUGCGGCAGCGCCCUCGCCGCUCCCUUCAACCCACAGAACGCUACGGAGGAGGAUAGCGCGAUGGUUCCUCAUCGCUCUGGCGUCGUAUGUCUGUUUCAUCUUCUCCCUGACGAUUCCCGUAGUGCAGAAACACUUCGUCUUUGCCCACGCCAUCAAAUUUCCCUUCUUUGCCGACUUCGACGCACCCGAGGAAUAUGGCCUUGCGCCCAACAAGACACGUAAUAUGCGCCUCAAGGGCGUCGAUGGCAACUUUAUAGGUGCCUGGCACGUUUUGCCCGAUGCCGUGUAUCGCUCUCAAACAAAUAGCGGCAGCAAUGAGUCUGAAGUAUUCCAGCGUGCCCUCUGCACUCAUCCCGUCGUAAUCUACCUGCAUGGCAACGCAGCAAACAGAGCCGCGCCGUUCCGGACGGCGGCGUAUGCCCAGCUUUCCAGUCGCCUACAGGCCAAUGUGGUGGCCAUUGACUACCGCGGCUUCGGCGACUCGCAAGGUACACCAAGCGAAGAGGGACUGAACGCUGACGCCAGACUUGCGUGGGACUGGGUACAGGAGAUGCGUCGGGCGUGCGAGCCACUGCACUCGCCAGGCAAAGAUGUUCUAGUAAUGGGUCAGUCGCUUGGUACCGGGCCAGCUACAGCGCUGACACUCCAGCUUGCGAUGCAAGGAACUCCUCCUCAGGGUCUGGUCUUACUAGCUCCCUAUCGAUCCUUCAGUCAGCUCGCAGCCGGCUUCAGGAUCGGAGGGAUCCUACCCGUUCUCCUUCCUGCUCUCUACCUUUUCCCUUAUGCCCAGGCCGGGCUGGAUCUUGCACUCCGUACAAAGUUUGACAGUGAGGGGGCACUGGCUGCAGGACAGGCCUCUACUUGGCCGCACGUCGUGAUCAGUCACGCCAUCAACGACGACGUCAUACCUCACUCACACGGUCAGGCGAUCUUCGACAAGCUG